GCACGAAAGUUUGGGAUGUUGAUUGCGGAAUAUGUGUCAAACAUGUCAUAAUAAUAACAUAUCCUGGUUCAAAUUUCAACGUUGUUGUGGAUAUGGCAAUACUGUCACUCCAGAGAUAAAGUAGGAUGUGACAUUAUUUAUGUCUUGUCAAACCCCUCCCGUGUUUCCUUUCAAUAUGCAAUCUCUGACCCAGAGUAUUAAAGCAGUUUGUCAGAAUACGCACAUCAUCUGGUAUCACAUCAUCUAUUUAUUGUCAGCUUCCUGUUGCUAUGCUGGAAACUACUCGUGUACAAAUGAAGCUAAUUCCGUCACAAGAAUUGAAGGAGUUGAUUCAGGAUCAAUAUACACUCUGCUUGAAGGACAGACAUUCUAUGAUAACAACUAUAACUGUCGGUGGCUGAUAGACGCAGGUGCCGGGAACAGGGUCCAUGUGACGGUGGUCAUGUCGGACCUGCAGUGGGCACCUGAGAGUGCGAUCUGCACCGGCGGCUACGACUAUCUGCAUGUCAGGGAUGGAAAGGAUGAGACUUCCCCGACUAUCGUCCUGUGGUGUGGGUCACGCAACCCCUACAGUAUGACCAGCACGGGGCAGUACAUGUCCGUGACAUUCCAGUCCAAUGGCAAUAACCCGUACAACUAUAGAGGGGCGAACCUCAAGUUUCAGGUGUUUGAUCGAGGUUCAUGUCUGCCUGGAUGGUCAAGUCUGUCACCUACACAUUCCUUCUGUUACAAACUGAUGACUCACACCGAGACCUGGAGCACGGCACAGAUGUUCUGUAAUUACAACCAGGCAAACCUUGCUGUCAUUCACACUCAGAGGCAACAAGACUACCUCAAGAAUCUGGUGACGGACAGGGCAUGGAUAGGUCUCAGCAAGAUAGCAUCCGAGUCUAAGAUGGAGUGGAUUGAUUUGUCACAGAAAGAUGUAGACUUUUUUGCAACACAUGACUUUCAGAGUAAUGAAGACUGUGUUCUGGUAGACAAGGACAGCGGGAAGUGGCAAACGGCCGACUGCUCUCGUAUUACAGCAUACUUUGUGUGCCAGACCAACAAACAAGAAAGCACUACCAUCUACCCUAUUCCUGAAGGCAAAAAAGAAGUUGAAGAACAGUCGGGGCUGUCCAUCAUCCUGGCCGCCGUACUGGGCAGUGUGGUGGUCAUCGCAGCGAUCAUCGCAGCAGCCAUCAUAUAUCUGAAAUGCUUUGCAAAGAGACGCCAGGAACAAAGUGCCUCAGGAACAAGUACAUCGCAAAACAAUGAUAACCAAUCUGAAAUGACAACUCGAAAUGGUUCUCAAGAUUGUAGCAACCCUCCCGUGGCUCGUUCCCUGCUUCCGUCCGCACCUGACAUGUAUGCAGUGGACAUAAGGCAUCCAGAUGUGGCCCCGCCCACCUACGAGGAGACAGUGCAAAAUGAUGGCUUGAAGGGGUCAUAUAUUUGACAGUUUAACUGUGAUACCCUCUAUACCAUUAACCAUCACUCAGGACCAUGUUUUUAUACUAUUAGAGCAUCAGCCAUGCUUUCACUUGCCUCACGAAUGGUGUUAUUACAUGAAUACAUCGUUAUCAGAACAUUGCAAAGUGUUAUUAAUAUAUAUAUGAAGCAUGUAUGAUUGGGUAAGGGACAAGUUUAUAAGUUCGAUGUCAGAUAAAAAUCAUAUAUCCUUAGGUUUAGGAGUGUGUGUGUGGGGGGGGGUUAAGUGUAGGAUAAAGUAUGUCCGAGGGUUUUUAUGAUAUUAAAACCGCGGGUUAAGGAUUUUGAAUAUCAUAAAAACUCGAGGGGAAGUGUUUCAUCUAAGUAAUAAACUGAAAAAAGAAACUAAAUACAUUUAUCAACAUUUUUAUGUUUCAAACAUACUUUCCAUGAUUCUUAGGAAACGGGCGUAAACUAUCUGUUGCUGGCGUAUGGCACUUGAAAAAGACAUUCUUAAAAACAUUGUGAUUUAUCAGCGCCUCUGUAGCCUUGUGGUACACUCACUGGGCUACAGAUACGAAGGUUGCGCGUUCGAUCCUGGGGAAUACAAAAGAAAACAAUUUUCAUUUGAUUUUUCAUUUCAUUACAUUGAGUUCAAAUGCAAAAUAAAUUUCCAGCGAGAAACAUUUAUAUUGAUAAAAUCCCUGUUGUAUUGAUAAAAUCCCUGCGUUAUUAUAUAAAAUCCUGGGGAUAGUAUAACAUCCCUGUUUAUGAGAUUCAACCCGACUGGAGAACAAUAGCAUGAUGUCACUGGAGGUUGAUAAUGGCCCUGCAAGUUUUCCAUCCAACAAGAUCAACUGACUGAUUUCUCCAGGUUUUACAUAGUAACUAAACUGAUAUGUUGUUUAGAGUCAUCAAAUAUAUCCAGUGUAUAUAUCUAAAUAUAUCCAGUGUAUAUAUCCUUCCACAAGUUAGGGUUUUAUCAUCCCUGCCACUGGCAGUAGUGGUAAGUCCAUCUAGUGCAGGGUGUAAUAUGGAAGGGCAGAUUUGAUCUAUUAAAAGACAAGUUAUUUUCAACACCCAGUAAAAUAAACAUGAGUCAGUAAACAUUCUGAUAUAGCAGGGCACGACACAACAAUUCUUGGCAAAAGAGGCCACAAAACUCAGGACAUCAACAUUUUCAGAAUUAAGUAUUUUUGGGGAUUUGGGGGUAUGUCUCAAAACUAAAGGUAUUAAGUUUUUUGUCUGACAUCAAACUUUUGAGCUGGUCCCUAAUGUACAUUUUGUGUGUGUGUGUGUGUGUGUGUGUGUGUGUGUGUGUGUGUGUGUGUGUGUGUGUGUGUCUGUCUGUCUGUCUGUCUGUCUAUCUGCCUGUCUGCCUGUCUGUCUGCCUGUCUGUCUGUCUGUCUGCCUGCCUGUCUGCCUGUCUGUCUGUCUGUCUGUCUGUCUGCCUGUCUGUCUGCCUGCCUGCAUGUCUGUCUGUCUGUUGGUUGCUCACCCUUCUAGAUCUGUAAUUAGGCUCCGCUACAUUUGUACAAAAAGAUAUCAUUUUUACAACUGAGUUUAUAUCAAAAUACGUUUUUUCAGAUGCGUUUUAUGCCUUUCUGAAGUCUUAGUAUCCUGUCCAUCUAUUUUUCUAUAACUGUAUAUAUUGACAUUAUGGUGUUUUGUACAAAUAAGGUGUGUUUGACUUUAGUAUAUCCCAGUGUAUUCUCUACAAUAUUAUACCUGCAAUUUUAGCUACAAUAUUCAUGCUGAACCAUGAACAGAUUUGUUUGUCCUGUUUGUGAAGACAGAUGAUAGUUCUUAUUGUAUAUAGACAUGACUUACAAUAUUAUUUGUAACAUGUUAUCUGGAGUAUGAUACAUAUCACAGCACCAUCACUCAUAUUGCCUGGUUGAUUACUAGACACAUGGUCACAUCUUCGUUUGACGAGUUUUACUGAGAUUUUCCCUGUGUUGAUAAUACUUGCAUGUACAUGUCAAUAUUGUGCUGUUGUUAUAACCUGGUCGGUACGCAUCAGUAUUGUGCUGUUGUUUAAACCUGGUCGCAACGCAUCAGUAUUGUGCUGUUGUUAUAACCUGGCUGGUACACAUCAGUAUUGUGCUGUUGUUAUAACCUGGCUGGUACACAUCAGUAUUGUGCUGUUGUUAUAACCUGGUCGGUAGACAUCAGUAUUGUGCUGUUGUCAUAACCUGGUCGGUAGACAUCAGUAUUGUGCUGUUGUAAUAACCUGGCUGGUACACAUCAGUAUUGUGCUGUUGUUAUAACCUGGUCGGUAGACAUCAGUAUUGUGCUGUUGUUAUAACCUGGUCGGUAGACAUCAGUAUUGUGCUGUUGUAAUAACCUGGCUGGCAACAUCAGUAUUGUGCUGUUGUUAUAACCUGGUCGGUACACAUCAGUAUUGUGCUGUUGUAAUAACCUGGCUGGUACACAUCAGUAUUGUGCUGUUGUUAUAACCUGGUCAGUACAAAUCAGUAUUGUGCUGUUGUUAUAACCUGGUCAGUACACAUCAGUAAUGUGCUGUUGUUAUAACCUGGUCAGUACAAAUCAGUAUUGUGCUGUUAUCGCAGUUGUUAAAGCCUUGUAAGCCAUUGUUUGUCAGGUUACAACAAGAACAGAUUGUUUAUAUGGUAUGAGAUGCAUAUUGUACAUGAUGUAAAGUUGUUCCUUAUAUUAUACAGUAAACUAUGUUUAUAACAAACAUGCUUAUAAGAAACUGAUGGAUAUAACAAACCUUUUUUUGGUUAUGGUCUUUUGCCUUAUACAGUGGUCCCUCGCUACAACGCUACCAAUGGGGUCCAAAUAAUUCGUGGGCGUUAUAGACG